AAAGCAGAUACUGAGUCAGUUUCACCAUAAAUAGGCCCGUCGGUGAAGGCAGCGGCGGGGAGGGCGGAGCCGCGGAUCACUCGGGGCGAGUUUCGGAAAGACCGGCGCUCGGCCGCUGCUGGAGACCGGAGGGGAGGAAGGAAGCUGAUGGAAGGAAGACUGUUUGAAGGCACCAAAGAACUUGAAGCAUGGAGGAAUCACAGUAUGGACAUCCACGCCAAUCCCUCCUUGAUGCCAUUCAUCGCUUUAACGCUGCUACGACCAUAAUGGAUGAGACAAUCAUGGUGCCUAGCAUGCUCCAGGACAUGACUCCAGAUAGGCAGGGCCAUGGAGACCAUUCCAAGUCUACAGAUGUUGUUGAGCAGAAAAACCUGUAUGACUCUUACCUCUUGUUGAAAUCUCUAAGGCAUGACAUGAAGUGGGGAAUUAACCAAGAAAACAAAUCCAUACAAGAACGCCGUGCUGAAAAUGAAGAAGCAACGGAGGAUGAGACGAGUGAUUUGGUAGAACAAUUUCAGCAUCACUUAAGAGGUCUUCUAUCUGUCCUCACUAAACUUACCAAAAAGGCCAAUCUUCUGACCAACUGCUACAAGAAGGAGAUCGAAGUCAGCUCUCCAAGUAACGGACAUUAUUCUAGAAGCAUUUCAAACUAAGUGAUUUUUUUUUUUCUUCCCUCCCAUCUUUGCAGCCUAUUUUGCAUGGAUGCCAAUGCAUUUUUGCACAUUAAUGCACGCACCAGGAAACGCAAAGUAAAAUGACUAACUUAGCAGACGUUUCUAUUGAGGUCCCUGGUGUGUAUUGGGACUAGCUCUUAGCCCUGCCUGCAACUCUUCUAGCUCUUCCCUAUUCUAGAUCCCACACAUGACCUUGACUCUUGUUUUUCUACCAUGGCUCUAUGCCUUCCCUCCCCCAGUUACGCUCAAGCCUGCGUUUUUCCCUUCUGGGAUCUGUUGCUAAGACGUGCCAAGGUGUAUCAUGGCCAGCGGAAGGUUUAUUCCAUUUCAGGAAGCUUAGUUUGCAAUUAAAGCUGUAUACGGACA